AUGGCGGUUCUCAAUUUCACAUUGAGUGAGGAAGGGGUGGCCGUCUUCCAUGACGCUCUUGCCUGCAUUGUCAAGUUCAGCGAAGAUGUGUCCCUGGAAGCUCGCAAAGACAAGUUAACCCUAACUGCCCUGAACCUGUCCAAAUCGGCCUAUGUCUGCAUUGUGUUUGCCUCCAAUAGAUUCUUCUCGACAUAUAACUUUGAGGGGAAUGCCCAGUAUCGAGACAGAUUCUUCUGUCAGUUGUACAUCCGGAGUCUCCUAUCCAUAUUUCGGACCCGCACUGGGGGCGAUACGACCAGAGAUAGGGAUAAGGAAACAACCAUUGAGAGAUGCGACGUUGCCGUCGACGACGGACCCGGCAAGAGUCGACUGAUUGCCAAAAUCGUCUGCAGGAAUGGAAUAACCGCAACCCAUGCGUUGCCCUUUGAGCCUAAGCCGCCUACUCAUGCCAAGUUCGACAGAAACGAGGCUGUCCACCACUGGACCAUGUCCUCGCGGACCCUACGCCAGCUAAUGGACUAUUUCGGCCCUGGGAUAGAGCUACUGGACAUCAACACGGAUGAGAACGUUGUAAAUUUCACGUGCUUCACCGAGAAAGCCGUCAAUCUCAAUAACGAUGCGGUCCUGAAGAAGCCCCUGCAUACAUCAAUCGCUGUUGAUAUGGAGGAGUUUGAUGAUAUCGAGGUCCAGGACAAGCUCCACAUCAUCGUCAGUGUCAAGGACUUCAGGGGCAUCCUCCAUCACGCUCAGAUGACGAGCGGCCAACUCUCAGCGCGGUACUCCAACCCGGGCCGCCCGAUGAAGCUCUCCUACAGCGGAGACGGGAUUCUCUGUGAGUUCAUCUUGAUGACAGUAGGCGAGAAGGACGCGGUCGGCCAGAAAGCCAAAAAGGCUCGAGCCAGUGCGGCGAAGGCUGCUCGACCAGGACUCGAGGCUGCCUCAAACCGUGCCAGCUCCGUUGCCACUGAGAAUGCCCGCCCUCAAGAUCAUCCACGGAACCCGCCGCAGCCGCAACAGAAGACACCCGUGCGUCCGCGGCAAUCGCAAUUCGAAAUCCGACCACCGCCGCUCCCACCUCCUUCGACUCUACGAUCGGAACUAUUAUUCGUUCCCCAAGGCGAUGAUGACCAGCAAUGGGAGCCGAUGAAUCCUGAUGACGACGAGGAUCAAGGCGACAUGGCUCGUCUGGAGUGGGAUGCGAGCAUUCAGCAGAAUCCCUCCACUCUGCGCAUUAACAGCCAUUCGGCGACACCGGUAGAGCCCCAGAAUGCGCUGCCUGAUCGGCUGCCAUCUGGCUUAGAACCAACCCAACGGCUUUCAGAGGUGAGACAUUGA